AUGGCGGAAGAGAUAAUUACCAGGUGGGAAUCAUUGACGCUAACCGAAGAAGAAAAGCAAGAAGUUACCCUGUCUGCAGACGAGAUUUUUUCAUUGAAGAUUAGAGGGAGUUAUUGUCUUCUUGCCAUGAUACUCAAUGAUAGAACAGCAAAUAGAGAAGCCUUUAAAUCCACAAUGGCAAGAGUCUGGAGCACAGCAGGCUGGAUAACCUUUAAAGAGUUUGGGAAUAACAGGUUUCUUCUCGAGUUCCAACUGCUAGCGGAUGUCAAUAAGGUCUUGCAAGGCAGACCAUGGUCAUUCGACCGUCACCUUAUUUGUCUAAGAGAGUUUGAGGGUGUAUUAUCGGCAAAUGAGGUGCAGUUCUCAGCAGAACCUUUCUGGGUUCAGCUCCAUAACUUACCCUUUGCAGGCAUGACUAGGAAGAUGGGUGAGGAGAUUGGAUCAACCAUCGGGAAAGUUCACUCUGUCGAAACGGAUGAACAAGGCUACGGAUGGGGCAACUUUCUCAGGGUGAGAGUGGAAGUAAAUGUGAACAAAGCUCUGGCUAGGGGUCGAAUGCUCAAACAUGGAGGAAGACAGUGUUGGGUACAGUUCAAAUACGAGAGGCUUACCAAUUUCUGCUUCAAGUGUGGCCACCUACAGCAUGCGAAUGGCAAAUGCUCCUCGCUUGGAUCACAGGCAACAGAGCAAUAUGGAUACUGGUUGAGAGCAGCUGCUGUUUUCCCAUCCUUCAUGUCAGUGAAAAAGUACGGAGGAAGACCCGAACAGAACACUCCAGGUUCUCCGACAGGAAACUCCUCACAACAAGGAAAUGCAAUGGGUGAUGCCAGAGAAAGUCCUUGGCCAAACACCAGGGAAGCGACACCAGAUCUUGGUCUUGAAUCACCAACUAAGGAGACAAGGGUGGUCCACCAUAACUCAGUAGAGCAGCCAGACACGGACAAUAACAUGGAGACCGAGGGCCAAGACCAUUCAAUCAGUCAGCAUACUGAAGCACAAGCCAAGACAAAUCCACCACAGACUCUCAUGGAUCCUGUUAUAGAGAGGCAGCAUCUUCAACAAAAACCAGGGAAGGAAAAUCAACAACCUGUUCGGUCAGGGGGGAUAGAUCACCCAAGCAUGGAUCCAAGCAACAUAACCCCAAAGCCAAGUCCAACUCCAGCUCCCAGAGGCAACACGUGGAAAAGGAUGGCCAGAGGUAAGUCCUCUGUUUUAAGUGACACCACCAACCUGUCAAAGGAACUUUCUCAGAUUUUGACACACAAGAGACCAGCGACAGAGAAUGAUCCCCUAGACAGUAACAUAGGGCAGAAAAAAAGAAGGACUAAACUCAAACCUGUAGAGUUUAAAACUCAGGCAAUAUUGGUGGAAGCUGCUGAGCAGCUCCACCAGCACAAAUGA